GCCCCUCAAGCCAGUUUUGGGCCGAGCUAGGGCCCGCGGUGGGAGCAGUCCUUUGGUGCUGGUUCCGGGGACACCUUGGCACGCUGGGGACCACCCACAUGGUGUCCUCGGGCAGGAGCUCACGUUUUCCUGGGAGCUAGAAAGGGGCCUACUCUCCGCCCUGCGCCCAGACUGGGGCUGGGGGACGGACUCCCGGCGGCAGGCCUGGGCGGCGCUAAGAGACAAUGGCGAGCCCAGGGAAAGACAAUUAUCGAAUGAAGAGCUAUAAGAACAAUGCUCUAAACCCUGAAGAAAUGAGACGAAGAAGAGAGGAAGAGGGCAUUCAGCUCCGGAAGCAGAAGCGUGAGCAACAACUUUUUAAACGGAGAAAUGUAGAGCUGAUUAAUGAAGAAGCUGCCAUGUUCGAUAGUCUUCUCAUGGACUCCUAUGUGAGCUCUACCACUGGGGAGAGUGUGAUCACAAGAGAGAUGGUAGAGAUGCUCUUUUCUGAUGAUUCUGACCUGCAGCUAGCAACCACACAGAAAUUCCGGAAACUGCUCUCCAAAGAGCCUAGUCCUCCAAUAGAUGAAGUUAUCAACACUCCAAGAGUGGUGGAUCGGUUUGUGGAGUUUCUGAAGAGGAAUGAGAAUUGUACAUUACAGUUUGAAGCUGCCUGGGCUCUAACGAAUAUUGCCUCUGGAACCUCUCAGCAGACCAAAAUUGUCAUUGAAGCAGGGGCUGUCCCCAUUUUUAUAGAGCUGCUUAAUUCAGACUUUGAGGAUGUUCAGGAACAGGCAGUCUGGGCACUGGGAAACAUAGCUGGCGAUAGCUCUGUUUGCCGAGAUUACGUCUUGAACUGUUCCAUCCUUAAUCCUUUGUUAACACUCCUUACCAAGUCCACACGACUGACAAUGACACGGAAUGCAGUCUGGGCCCUGUCAAAUCUCUGCCGAGGGAAGAACCCACCCCCAGAGUUUGCAAAGGUCUCUCCUUGUUUGCCUGUACUGUCUCGCCUUCUCUUCAGCAGCGACUCAGACUUGCUGGCAGAUGCUUGCUGGGCUCUUUCUUAUCUGUCUGAUGGCCCCAAUGAGAAGAUCCAGGCAGUCAUAGACUCUGGAGUCUGCCGGAGAUUGGUAGAGCUGCUGAUGCACAAUGAUUACAAAGUGGCUUCUCCUGCCCUGAGAGCUGUGGGUAACAUCGUCACUGGGGAUGACAUCCAGACCCAGGUCAUUCUUAACUGUUCAGCCCUACCUUGCCUUCUCCACUUGUUGAGCAGUCCCAAGGAGUCAAUCCGGAAGGAAGCUUGCUGGACUAUUUCAAAUAUUACUGCUGGCAACAGGGCUCAAAUACAGGCUGUUAUAGAUGCAAAUAUCUUUCCUGUGUUGAUCGAAAUUCUUCAGAAAGCAGAGUUUCGUACAAGGAAAGAGGCAGCCUGGGCCAUCACCAAUGCCACAUCAGGUGGAACCCCUGAGCAGAUCAGGUACCUGGUCUCACUGGGGUGCAUCAAACCGCUAUGUGACUUGCUGACUGUAAUGGAUUCAAAGAUUGUGCAAGUGGCCCUCAAUGGACUGGAGAACAUCCUGCGGCUUGGAGAGCAAGAGGGCAAGCGCAGUGGUUCAGGGGUCAAUCCCUAUUGUGGCCUCAUAGAGGAAGCCUAUGGCUUGGAUAAAAUUGAGUUUCUCCAGAGCCACGAGAACCAGGAGAUCUACCAGAAGGCCUUUGACCUCAUUGAGCACUACUUUGGUGUAGAAGACGAUGAUAGCAGCCUGGCUCCCCAAGUGGAUGAAACGCAACAGCAGUUCAUCUUCCAGCAGCCUGAGGCCCCCAUGGAGGGCUUUCAGCUAUAAUAUCUGCCUCCGGGGAGGGGAGGGGAUGGGAAGCACCACCAGCCAGCGGAAGAGCAGCCCUCUGGUGGGCGGGAAACCAGUCCCCCCACCAUCAGCCACCACACACCUCUGCUGCCCUGGAGACUGUGCUCUUGACCUGCUCCGCCCCCUUCCCUGGAGGGAGCACCCUCUGGACAGACAGAACCAUCUGAGGCUCACCUUUGGGUUUUGUGACAAGAAGGGGACGUGUUGGGUUUUUCUUCCUUACACUAUAUUUUGGCACACAUGUCUUUAACCCAGGAGCCCAGGGGUAGACAAAGGAGGACUAAGGUAAUCAAUUUGCACCUUUUUUUAUUUUUUUUUCUUUUUUUCUUCAGUGGUGACUUCCUUCCCUUUUAUCUUUUUUCAGUUCUUCCCAGUCCUCUGCCCUGAUCUGUGUAACUCUUAUCUUGGGUACUUGAGCAGACAGUAUAUUCCAGAGGUGGGAGGUGGGAGGGGAAGGGAGAAAUCCGAAACAAAGUGUUCUUGUUCUGACAGAAUAUUAAUCUUGUGCGCUUGGAUUGAGUUAUUUAAUUUUUUUUUCUUUUGCACAUUUUUCUUGUAUUAAGAUUGCUCUUCCCAAGAGCCACGAGUUCCUGGUUUUAGAAAACCCAGCUGCCAGCAUUGCCUGGGGCUAGAGGCCAAUGGGGAGGCUACCAUGAAACAAAGGUCCCUCCCUCCCUCUGACUUUGCCCAGACCUCUUUAGUUUGGGAGAUCCUCCUCACUCUCCUGAAGUGUCUCAGGUACACCAGUGGGAGUGCAGGGGAGGAGCACAGGCCUUCAGAUGGGGCUUCCUUCCAACGUGUAGCUACUGAUCCCAUGUUUCCUACUCACCUUCCAAAUGGUGCGACCCAACUUCAUUUGUUUACUUGAAAAUUCCCCCUUGGGGUUGAGAGAACCUCUGAGGUGGCUGUAUUUUCUUCUAAGCUAGAGUCAGGGGGCUGUGGUCCUUCCUUUCUCCUGAGGAGAAGUCCUUGCUCUGGUGACCUGUAAGUUGCAGAGGAGGUUGGAGUGAGAGUGUCAUGUUUUGGGAUAGUCAGGGAUCCCUGCCUUUGGCCUUUCUUCUUCCUCUUCCAUAGUUGAAUCAUGUAUAUUUUACUUCCAAAGGAGAGAAUGUCAAAAAGUUCUGUAUUUUUUAUAUUCUAUAUAUUAGGUAGGUCAAUCUUAAUUGGUCUCAAGAAGAACUGUCUGUAAUUUCUGUAAGUAGGAUACUGUGAGGAAGACCAAAAAGAGAUACGGAUGUUGCUUCCUUGCUCAGGAGGCCUGAGCUUGGUCCUUUUCCUCUCUGCUUGGAUUCUGGACCACCACCUGGGACCAACCCUCAGCUCUUGAACUUUCAUAAAGCAGGUCAGCGUGGCCUGAUUGUCCCAGGACCUGAAGGGAGCAAAGAUGGCCAUAGGGCCUGGUGAAGUCUGCUACUCUGUCCUUACUGCUGAUCAUCCUGCUUGUAUCAGGAAACCCAGAAGCAGUUUGCCUUCUCAAAUUCAAUCUCAAUGGCCAUUGUCCACAUAACUGAUCACCCAUGGCUGCCUCUCCUAUUCUGUUAUCACUGAAACUUAGUAGCCUGCUUUUUUUUUUUUUUUUUUUUUUUUUUUUUUUAAAUAAUCCAGAUGCCUUUUCUUUCUGUUUGAAUUACAGUAGUGCAUUGCCUCAGUGGCUUGCCUGUGCCUCUGGGUGGAUUACAUAUGAUAGUAAAGCCCACCUGUUUGGAUGGGAGGAGAGGAAGUUGGUGUAGACCAACUGUGGAGUUGAAGGCACAGUCUGCCCCGCCCCCGCCCCCACCUCCCCACUGUGGUUAGUCAGAGGCAUCCUGCUCUAAGCUCUGCUUUUCCUUUCUCUAAGUGCCAUUCUUGCUUCUAUUGCUACACAUCUCCUUCUGGCUCAGGUGAAAUCCAUCCCUGUCUGCUUAUAGACGUAAAGUUCAGGUACUUAUUGUUGGCCAUUGGUCUUGAAUUCCACCCCCCGCGCUUUUUUUUUUUUCCGGUCUCACCUCAAAGUCAUUUUCUGAGGAGGAUGGUUUAGGGCUGGCAAUUGUCCCUGAAAAACCACACCCAUGUUGUACCACCUUGGUGAGUCAGAUGCCACUCAUCAGCUUGGGAAUAGUGGCUACCAACCCCCAAUCUCCAAGGAAGUCUGGGGGCAGAAUCUUUCUUUCACUUGGCCUGCUACCUCCAUUACAAAACCAUUCUCUUACUGUUCAAAGAAAAGUCCUCACCCACCCAACCUCUACCCAUUGUUCUCAUCCAAAGGGCACUUUAGUAGGAUCUACUUUGUACAUUUCAAGUAACAGUUAAGUCCCUGAUAUUGGGGCCAGAUUCUUAGUAUAAGACAUACACAUCCUGUUUGCCCAGCUUUGGCUUCAGCUCCAGGUCCUGUACCAGAUGGAAAAUUUUUUUGGUCAUCUGGCUGCUGCUUAAAGCCAGUUUUCCCUAAGAAUUCCAAAGGCUAAAGUCUACUGGGGCAGAGUGUGAGGACAGAUUUCUCAUCAGAGAACAGUGGUCUCUAGGAGCUUUCAUUUGUAUCUUCCUCAGACCAGGUUUUCCCAUUAUCUUCCUUUAAUCCGCUGUCAGCCAACAGGUGAAGUUCUUCCAGCCCACAGAGGCAGUAAUAUCAUCUUUUGUAUCUCCUCCUCUACUUUGGCCAUGUAAUGAAGCAAAAUACUACUUAUUUAGCCCAGGCUUGAGAGCCACUGUUUGUGGGCAGUCUCCAUCUGGAUUCCAGGUCCUGGCCUAAGUGAGGUAAGGCUUUCUGGUUAUUGCCAGGAUGGAUCCCCCCUACCCCAGUCUGCUGUAGGGAAUACCCUAAUUAGUUGAGGCAUGCUUUUGGAAUCCUGGCAUGUUGGCAUAUGGCUGAUGUAUCCCUUUUAAGAUCUCUGGUUGGGGUAUCUGGAUACAGAUUAGGAGGGACAAGGAGCCUUUUUCUUGGCUAAUGUGUU